AGAGGAGAAUCUAAAAGUUUUUUUUAAAUGUUUAUUUAUUUUUGAGAGAGAGAAAGGCGGGGGGCAGAGAGAGAGGGAGACAUAGUAUCUGAAGCAGCAGGGAGACAUGGUAUUUAAGCUGUCAGCACGGAGUCUGACAUGGGGCUCGAACCCACAAAUGGUGAGAUCAUGACCUGAGCCGAAGUCGGAUGCUUAACUGACUGAGCCACCCAGGUGCCCUGAGUGAGAAUAGAGGACAAUCUAGAUAAGAAGGUGCAUACCAAAUAUCAGAGCCAGAUAGUAGGUCAGGUGUCAAGGUCUUCUUGAGGGCAAGAGCCAGGCAUUGGUUCAGAUUUAUGGGUAUUCAGAGAUAAAGAAGAAAACUAUUUGGGUAAGGGCACCAAGGAGUCAAGCCUCAGGUUUGGAGACUUAGGACAAGGGCAAGGCAAUUGCAUAAUAUGGAGCAGUAGCAGUAAAAAAAAAAAAAAAAAAAAAGAAGGGAGACUGCUAAUACAUAGUUCCAGCCAAAAACUGGAUCUGGUCUUGGAGUAUGGAUGGGCCUGACCUGGAUGAAGGAAGCAAGUGGCGCUUUGACCCUGUUUUGAGAGAAAGGUUACAGAACAGGGCAGUUUCUGUCAGGUUCUAUCCACCUUCUUUAGGCUAUUGGGAAAAAAAUAGUAUCUUGGAGUAGGAAUAUAAAACUCCCAAAUGAAACUAUUUUCCACUCCCAUCCCCUCUGUCAAAACACACAUAGACACCCAUACACACACACACACCUGCAGGUAGGAGACCUUCUGGGCUUUGGAUGUUGUGUUCAAUGUCUUUUACUGGGGUACAUGAGACAUUAAUGAUCUGAUAAAACCAGAGUACGUUGUUACUAUCCUGGUAAACGUUUUAAUGCUAUCUUUCAGAAACUGACUUUAAAAAAAGAUUAAGCCUCUUAUUCAGGAACAUAUCUUUUGAUGUUUUUGUCUUUACCAAAAUCCUGGUUUGUAUUAGAACUAUUUCAGGGGAGAUUAUCAUGAAAGUUAUUGAAAACCAGGCUUAGAUACAUCUGGAAUUUUUCAAACUGUCUCACCCAUUUAAGAGUGGUUUUAGAAUUAAAUUUGAAAUAAAGUCCAUACUACCUUCAAGCUAAAAUCUACUUUCAUAGGUUUGGUAUUUCUGUUUGGAUGAAUUUGUUACUUUGUUUAAUUUAUUUAGUUUUCUAUCUCUAGAAAUCCUUAGACACUGGUUUCUUAUUCAUUUAAAUGUGCUUUAUUAUUGUCUUGAAUUAUACUCUAAGUUUUUUGAGGUAAAAUGUUAAAACAUAUUUUUGUAUAAAAUUAAAACAAAAAUAUUUGCUGCAAAUAUAUUUUAUACUAGAAAAAUCCAAGUUGACUAAGAUACUAGAAAAAAUAACAGUUCAAGAUAAUAAGUAGGAUUCCACCUAAAUUAGAUAGUUUAGUGGGGGAAAAAAGGCACGUUUAUCAGAGAAAAAAUUAUUUAGGAACAAUAUGAAUAAGAACUAUGUAUGAUUUUAUAUAACAAAAAUGGUUAAAAAUAUCAACUAAAUUUUUCCUGAAACAUUGACAUGACUAAUUUGAAAUUUGUGUGGGAGAAUGAAUAGGUUAGAAUAUCAAAGAUUAUUUUAAUUAUUUUUUCAAAAAUAAAGCUAAUAAAAGGGGAUUAAUCCUAUAAUAUAAUAAAUCAUAUUUUUAAAAAAGCAAUAGUAAGGGGUAUCUGGGUGGCUCAGUUGGUUAAACAUCUGUCUCUUGAUUUCUGCUCAGGUCAUGAUCUUAUGGUUAGUGAGAUCAAGUCCCACAUUGGGCCCUGGGCUCACAGAAUGGAGCCUGUUUAGGAUUCUUUUUCUUCCUGUCUCUGUCCCUCCCCUAUGCUUGUUCUCUCUUUCUCUCAAAAUAAGUAAAUAAAUAUUUUUAAAAAAGCAGUAAUGAAAACAGUAUGGUACUAUUUGAUUUGACUAUUACAACAAUUUAAAAUUUAUAUACAGAAGAAUAGCUCUAAGAAGCUAGAAAUUUCUAUGUACAACAUGAGUUUUGGAUUUUCAGAUAUGCAAAUUGUGACUUAUUUGUCAUUAAGAUCCGACCAUGCUUCAGGAAGCAGAUUUUUUGUUUUGUCUUUAGGUUUAAAGUUGGAACAGAUUUUGACACUUAUAAUAGGCACUGUGUUUUAGGAUUGGAAUCUUAAAAUUUUAUCUUUGAAGUGGUGGGGAUUGUAAGAAACAACCUUUCCACCUACUUUUUUGUGGGGUUGAGAAAAGGUUUGUGCAAAGGUUUUUUUUUGUAAGAGUUUGUAGUCAUGGAUGAGAUAUGUUAGGCUAAUAUAUGUUGUUAUAAAGACAAAGAUUAGUUUCAACUUUAUUUGGUCUUAGUAGCUUUGUUGUGUUUCAGUGGCUCUAACGUGUCUAAACAAGACACCAUAUACAGCCAUGGCAUUCUUGGCAGAAUGCUGUGGAAUAGUGACAUAUUUUAUUACAUCUUUCAAACACACUAUAGACAGUGAUAAUUACAAAAUGGUUCUGUGAGGGGCGCCUGGGUGGCUCAGUUGGUUGAGCGUCUGACUUCGGCUCAGGUCAUGAUCUCGUGGCUCGUGAAUUCGAGCCCCGCGUCAGGCUCUGUGUUGACAGCUCAGAGCCUGGGGUCUGCUUUGGAUUCUGUGUCCCUUUCUCUCUCUGCUCCUCCCUCGCUCAUGCUCUCUCUUUCUCUCUCUCUCUCUCUCUCAAGAAUGAAUAAAACAUUGAAAAAAAUAAAAAAACAUAAAACAAUGAUUCUGUGAUACAUACUUAUAACAGAUUUCUAUCAUCAGCACAUAUCUGUGAAUAAAGUAGCCCAUUCAACUAAGAAUGAUUUGUUUUCUCAAGUUUUCAUGCUAACAGUCAUUUGCUAAUUGUUUAUUUUUGUUGUCUUGUGCUAGAAGACAAAUUGACAGCUCCUGCCAAAGACUUAAAAAAUUUGUGAGAGAAGUUUUAAGUACAGAGAAUUAUGUAUUAACUUCCUUGUGAAUUGGAGAAAGCUGACCACAUUUAUAACAGCUUUUUUUAAAUAACAGCUUUAUUGCAAUAUAAUUCACCUACCAUAAAAUUCACCCUUUUAAGAAAGUGUACAAUUCAGCGUUUUUUUCCCCCCAUAUAUUCACAAAGUUGUGCAACUCCUAUCCAAUUCCAGAACAUUUUGGUCUCACCUAAAAGAAACCCUGUACCCGUUAGCAGCCACCCCUCAUUUCUUCCAGCCCUAAGACCCUAGCAGUUACUAAUCUGCUUUCUGUCUCUGUAGAUUUUCCUGUUCUGGACAUUUCACAUAAAUGUAAUCAUAUAAUCAAAUGUAAUCGUACAAAUGUGGUCACUCUUAUUUUUAGCGGCAGAAUAUCUGAAUCCAAGUCUAGAAACAUCAGCAUUCUUACCAAAGUGUAUUUGAGCACAACUUCAGUUUUAUUGCAGACUGGAUUCCACAUCCCAGGAAGUGGGGUGACUCAUGAAAGUGUGCAUUUGAUGGUGAGUGCAUCAACCCAAUGGAGGGAACAUUUCAAGGAGAUGCUCUUUUGUUUAGAAUUAUUGGUGUUACAAGAGGGAGGAAUGCUUAGAAGAAAUGUGAACAAGGCAACCAUUUAAAAUAUUAAAUGAAAAAAAAAAACAAUUGGGGCACCUGGGUGGCUCUGUUGGUUAAGCGUCUGACUCUUGUUUCGCCUCAGGUCAUGAUCUCCCCGGUUUCUGAGAUCGACCACCCUUCGGGCUCUGCCCUGACAGGGCAGAGCCUGUUCGGGAUUUUCUCUCUCUGCCCUUCUCCUGCUUGCAUUCCUCCUCUCUCUCAAAAAUAAAUAAACUUAAAAAAAGGAAAAUAAUUACAAAUAAUAUUUGUACAUUUUAUUUACAUCUUUAGCCCUAUUUUUGUAGUGUUUUGCUAUUCGAUUUUUGCCAUUUAUAGUAUAGAGCAAACUCCAGCUGCUAACAUGGGAAGUUAUCUUUUGCAUUGUGUUCUUUACGCAGAUGACUGCCAGGGGUUAUGUUCCAUGGUGUAAUUGAUAAGAGUUUUUGUAGGGAUUGGAUCUUCGGAAUUCCUUAUCAUGCAGGUCAGUUAGUAGUUGUCUUACAUGUACAUUCAGAAAAAUGGAAAAUUCUUUAGGACCUUAAUUCCUGUUGCUUAAUUUGGCAGAGUGUCCACUGUCUGACCCAUUCAUAUACUUUUGAAAUCAGAAGAAAAAGCCCUCUCAUGUUUUUAUAGGUGGCCAGAUAGACAGCACUUUAAAAAAUUAGCAUAUGAAUGUUUUGACUAUCUUACUUAAGACAGCCUGUCAGUUUGGCAGCUCUGAGCCUGUUAUUUCUGUGUCUUCUCUUUUUUCAUUUUCAUGUUUUGACAAAUGAGAUUGUACUUUUGACAAGUGAUUUGUACUUCAUCUAAGGAUUUCAGAGUGUUUUUAAUUUAUUUAUUAAACUAUCUAAAGAUCGUUUUAUCCAUCCAUUUUGGGUAAUGUAAGAUUUUCCCUAAUACAAAUGAAAAUAGAAAGUGAUAGUACUGGAAUUCCUUCAAUACAAAACAUUAUUGGACAAAAAUUAUUUUUAAGAAUAAUUAUUGCUUAUUUUCAGAAGCUUGUAUUUCUUUUCAUUGAACAUCUUUAAACUUAGACCAGAUGUUUUACAAAUAUCCCUUGAUAAAUGAAUAAAUUCCUUGCUGAAAAUUUUACUGGAAAGAAAACUCUAUGUGUUUAAUCUUAUCCUGUAACUGACAUUAAAUUCACUCAUUCAUUCAACAGUUAUUUAAUGAGUACCUAGCAUGUGCUGGGAACUGUUCUAAAUAUUGGACUCAGUAAUGCUGAACAAUACAGAUACCACUCCAUAGACCUUACGAUCUGUUGGGUGACACACAGAUCAAAUGAAUAAAGAAUACAAUUACAAAUUAUAACAUGUGCUUUGAAGAGAACAAAGUAAUAAACUAAUGAAUGUGAGAAGGGGAAUUAAAUUUGGUGAGGAGACCUCUUUGAGGACUUGCUGUUUGAAAAGAGACUUGCCUAUUGUGAAGGAAAUACCUAUUCUGGAGGAAGAGAAUUCCAGGCAGAUAUAGCUACAACCAUCAAGGUCAUGAAGGAAGCAUAUGAGGGCAGGUCUGGCUACAGCACAGUGAAGGGAAAGUAUGGUAAGGGAUGAUGGUAAAAGGUAGAAGUUAGAUCAUGUAGGGCCUUGUAGGCCAUGGUAAAGGCUUCAUAUUUUAUUCUUUGUGCAAAGGGAGGCCUUGAGUGUUUUUUUCUUUUUUAAAGAUUUUAUAUUUAAGUAAUCUCUGCAUCCAAUGUGGGGCUCAAACUCACAACCCCAAAAUCAAGAGUUGCAUGCUCAGCCACGCACCCCCUUAAGUGAAUUUUAAACAGGAGAAAUGCAUAAUCUAGUUUACAUUGUAGAAAGAUCAUUCUGGCUACAUGGAGAGACUAAAUCACAGGAAGCAAAGUGGAAUCUAUUGUAGUGGUCCAGUUGAUAUUAAUGGCAUAAAGAAGAAGGCGUAGAGGUGAUGAGAAGUGGCAGAAUUUGGAUUAGAAUUUCUAGGUAGAGAUUUGAGGACUUGCUAGUUAGAUGUUGAGGGCAAGGCAAGGAGAGGAAUCCAAGCAACUGUAAAGUUACCUGGAUGAUUAGAGAUGCUGUUAGCUGAAAUAGAAUAAGACCAAAGAAGGACCGGAUUUGUGGUGGAAAGUCAAGAGUUUGGUUUUGGCUACGCAAGUCUGAGAUUUCUGCUAGGCUUCUUAGUGAAGAUGCUGCGUGGGCAGUUAUUUAUACAAGUCUGGAGCUCAGGAAAGAGGUAGUAGGUAUUUGAGACAUCAAUGUGGGUGCCAUCAAUUCAGAGAUGGUAUUUAGAGGCUUGGGAGUGGCUGAGAUAUCUGAGGGAGUAAUUACAGGCAGAAAAGAGGGCAGAAGACUGGGCCUUAAGGCUUUCCAACAUAUAUACAUGUCUCUUCAUGCAAGAAGAAUUUGUGUUUCAAUAUAAGCAAAAUCAAAUGUCUCUGUGUGAGUCAGCUGGGGUUCUUAGUUGCAAGUAACAGAAAACAAUUGGGACUGCUUCAAUCAAAGGGGUACCUAGGUCUCAGUCAUAAUGGUUCCACAGCAACCCUGGGUGCCAGAGCUGGAACCACCACUGCCUGAGCUGGAAGAUGGAGACCGUGAUGAGCUCUGCUUGGCACUGAAGAUCGUAGUAACUUGGAUGUUGCUGUGGCUGCUGCCAGAGUAAAUUCUCUCCAUCACUGUUCUUUGUGAAACUUGCUUCACAUUCAAAGUUCUGGCAAAGAAUCGAGCCUAGGUGUGUGUCUUCAUCCUAGCUAUCAGAUGGUGGCGUAAUUACCCCCAAUUGGUUUCCAGGAUGAGAAAUAUUCCCUGUGUUCAUCAAGACUUAGCUAAUGAGGAAAUUCCCCCCAGACCAGAUGGGAGUUCAGAUUUUGGGCAGUUCAACAACCGCCAUAAAAAAAAGUGUCAGUUUUGUGAAUGUAAUCUGUUUGGUUGCUUAUAAAUUUAUAAUAUAGAGUUAAACAAGUCAUUAGAGGGCCUCCAAAUGGACCUCAAGAAUAAUAUUUCUACUCAGUUUCUUUUCUCAUAGUCUAUUUCCUGCCCUAGGAUUGAAAAGAGAUUCACUUCCCUAUUUUUUUUUUUUUAACCAUAGCCAGAGAAGUAUAGCCUCUUUUAGCUAAAAACACUCAAGUAAAUAAGGCGCAAGUUCAAGCAUCUUUUUAAAGUAAAAUUUGACAUAUUAACACACACACACACACACACACAAUUACUACUGUGGCACACUCAGGAUUUCUUUAGGAAGGUUAAUAAAUCCAAAGGUGCAUAUUCUGACCCAAAUAUCUGACCACUGAAUCUACUUCAGAUAAAUUCUAUAUAUUCUAUUCUAUUUUGUUUUAAAGUUUAUUUAUUUUGAGAGAGAGAGCAGGACAGGGGCAGAGAGAGGGAGAGAAAGAGAAUCCCAAGCAGGCUCUGCACAGUCAGUGCAGAGCCCGAUGCAGGGCUCACAAACUGUGAGAUCAUGACCUCAGCUGAAGUUGGAUGCUGAACCUACUGAGCCACCCAGGUGCCCCAAAUUCUGUAAAUUUUAGCUGAAGAUAACAUAUGCUGCAAUUUCUCCCAGACUGAUACAUUAUAUGACAGCAAAAUUACACAUGCUCUGAGGCUAUGGCUCUCUGGUACAGAGAAAGAACACGACUAAAGUCCCAAUAAGUUCAUUGAUCUUAUUUAUAUGAGAAAAAUUAUAAUACAGUCAUAGCAUUCUUAGCAUAGAAGACUAAUUGUUUGCCAAAGAGAUAUCAGAGCAUUUCCAGAUUAGCACCAUGUUCGUUGGUAAGUGUUAUGGGAAAAUGAAUGCUGGGCUUUGUCAGUGAGUGCUCGAUUUUGUUGUCUUCCUUCAAAGAGUGUCAGACUUUGUUCUGGCAGAUAGUUAAGUUACUUGUAGAUUGAAUUUGCCUCUUUCAAGAUUUGUUUUGAAGUGUUGUUGAGGUGAAUUUAGAAUAUACAAUUGACUCUUGAACAAUGUGGGGGUUGGGGUGUCAACCCCCCUCUUCCUUGCAAGGUCGAAAAUCCACAUAUAACUUUUGACUCCCCAAAACUUAACUGCUUAUAGCCUCUGUUGACCAGAAGCCAUAGUGAGAAGAUAAAUAGUUAAUUAACUCAUAUUUUGUUUGCUGUAUGUAUUGUAUACUGUGUUCUUAUAAUUAAGCUGGAGGAAAGGACAUGUUGUUAAAGAAAUCAUAAGGAAGAUGGGGCACCUGUUUAGCUCAGUCGGUUGAGUGUCCAACUCUUGAUUUUGGCUCAGUUCACGAUCUCAUGAUUCAUGAGACUGAGCUCCGAGUCUGGCUCUGUGCUAACAGCGCGGAGCCAGCUUGGGAUUCUCUCUCCCUCUCACUCUGCCUUCCAUGCUCAUGCGUGCUCUCUCUCUCAAAAUAAAUAAAUAAACUUAACAACAAAAGAAAAUCAUAAGGAAGAGAAAGUAAAUUUACAGUACUGUACUGUAUUUAUUGAAAAAAACCUUUGUGUAAGUGAACCCAUGCAGUUCAAAUCUGUAUAGAUCAAGGGUCCACUGUACUUUAGGCUAGUUUACCCUUCUGUAAAGACAUGACUUUUCUGAGAUCUUUCCUGAAUGUCCUGGGUGUUCCCCCUAUUCUGGCUGUUGGAACAUAAAAGUCUUGCAGCCCUGGUGAGCUCUGGCAGUUGUUCAGCUUAUGGCUUCCCUUUGCCUAGCCUUGUGGUGUUUCACCCUAUACUGGGCACCUUUGUAUUCAGGCAAGACUUAAGGAGCCCCUGUGUGUUGAUUUCUGGAACACCUUGUCCCUGUAACCUCCUUAGAGUUCAUCUUCUCCAUUUUGCUACCCUGAAUGUUCCAGAUAUUUUGUUCUCAAAUUAUGAUCUCAACUCAGCAAGCCCAUUGUGCUCUGCUUGUGAUCCCCUUCCUGCUCUGUGGUCCAGAAAGUGCCUCUAGGCAGAAAGCCAGGGUGAUCUGAUCAUAGGGCUCACAUCAUUUGUUUUGCUUCUCUUCAGUGUUCAUAGUACUGUGCUGCCUGCUGUCUGAAACGGUAUGGAAACAGUAUUUUUCCUAUAUUGUAUCCAAUAUUCUACUUAUGUCAGGAGAGUAAACUUGGUCCCAGUUACUCUCUUGUGAACAGAAGCAGAAGUCCUGUUAGAAAAACGAUUAUAGGGGCACCUGGGUGGCUCAGCUGGUUAAGCAUCUGACUCUUGAUUUCGACUCAGGUCAUGAUCUCAUGGUUUGUGAGGUCGAGCCCCAUGUUGGGCUCUGUGCUGACAGUGUGGAGCCUGCGUGGGAUUCUCUCUCUCCCUCUCUCUCUCUCUUUCUCUGCCCCUCCCCCUCUCAUGUGCGUGUGUGCGUGCAUUCUACCUCUCAGGAUAAAUAAAACAUUAAAAAAAAAAUUAUAACACUGAAACACAUGAACAUUAGUUCUGGCAGUUUAUUGGUCUUAACACCAGGACAAAACCCAUGGUGUGAUGAAGAAAGAAAAAAAAAUCAGAUUAGCACAGUAAAACAACCACAACAAUAUUAAACAUAUAGCAUUAUGUAUGGAACGUAUUAUAUAUGUUAAAUAUAUGUAACUUAAUCCUCCCAACAACCACGUUUAUGUAGGGGCUAUUACCUACAUUUUAUAGAAUUAGAGAUUAAGGUACGGAAAAAAGAAGUAAUCAAAGUCAUACAGCUAGUAUAUGGUGGAUCUAAGGUUUGAAUCAGGCAGUAUUGGCCAAUAAAAAUUACUGUCUCAGAUCUCCCACCUGUCUCCACUGGACAGUCUGGUAUUUAAGACUAUAGCAUUGCUCCAAAUUCAAUUCUGUGUUCUCUCUCUCUCUCUCUCUCGCAUCUUCUUGCUUCGAACUCCAACCCUGAGGGGAUCUUUUAACUGAAAACUUUUUAAUAUCAUCAUUAUGUGAAUGACCCCCAAAUCUAUAGCUAUAGAUAUGUUUCCUUGACUCCAGAGAACACCCCUUUCUACCUACCUACUCCACAUUCCUGUGUAUCUCUUAUCAGUACUCUGACUUGGUCUCGAAUUGAAUUUAGUACCUACUUGUUCUUUCUGUGAUCCCUACCUCAGUUAGUGGGCUGUGUCUUUUCUUAAAGGAUGAUGAAAUAUUUUGAGAUCCUGCUCUAUCAGGUAUAUAGGACCUGUUUUACUUAUGAAAUGUCUCUUAAGAUCCUUUUUCUGUUUCUGCUGUCUUAAUUCAAGGCCUCUUCCUCUGUUAUUGAGCAAUUGCGACAGAAACUUACUUGGUCUUCCUGUUUUUAUUCUCCUGUUCUUUCUGUCACUCACAGUACUUCCUUUCAGAGUUAGCAUAAAAAUCAAGUGAAUUUGCCAAUACCUUGAUUAAAACCCUAUGCUGCUCAUCAUUGUGUUCUAAGUCAGGAGUUAGGAACAAGGCUUUAGAAUGUGAGUUAAAUUUCCUUUUGACACUUUCUAGCCAUAAUACUUUGGGAAUUUACUUAACCCAUUAAUCUUAAUUUCCUCUUCUGUAAAAUGGGCAAGAUAAUAGUUCCUCCUCAUGAAAGUGUUAGGAAGAAUCAAUGAAAUAAAAAAUAUAUGAAAUACUUCAAUACUUUGUACAUACUCAAUAAAUAAAAGUUAUUACUGUGAAAAUAAUAUUGACAGCCUUCUCACCUUGACUCCACCACACCUUGCCUUGUGUUACAGGUUUCAGAUCUAGUGGAUGCUUUGCUAAUGUGGCCCACACUUUCCACACUUCCAUGUUUUGGCUCAUGUUUGGCUCCAUUUCUUCAGUCUGGAACAGUCCUCCCCAAGCCUCUUCUCUGCUUGUUGAAAGGAUAUUGUCCCACCUUACCUGCAAAACCUUUCUCAUUUGCCACUGUCAGAAUUAAUUACCCUUUAGGGCUUCCCUAGUCUUAAUGAGAGAAUAUACCAUUAUAGUUAGUUCAUUCUUCUAGCUCUUAGCUUGUGCCAAGAGUUGGGGUCUAAAGAGUCAGAAAAAUAGCAAGAUGCGUAAGUGUUCGUUAGUUGCUGUUGUUAUUUUUAUUAGUCGUCUGCUUGUCGUGUUCUUCAGACUGCUGUCUUCUCAAGGGCAAAAAUCACGUGAUGCUUUUUUGUCUCCUCCCACCCUGUUUAUAAUGAGUUCCUUGUUUAUAAUGAGUUCUUGAGUCGGUGUGUGUUGGACUCAAAGGAUUGGACUUUUUUCUCUGACGCUGCCUGAGAGUGGAAGGAAGUGAGAUGGCUAAGGUUAGAGGUGAUCCUUUCUGGAUCAGUUUCCCUCCUGAGGAACGGGAACAGAGUCCCGCAUCAGCUUGGCUGUGGUAGCAGAAUUCUUACUGUAACAACUUAUUUUAGUUUCCUUUUUUUUUUUUUAGCAAAGCAAGGCCUUUACAUUCUGAAAGCAAACAAAUGUGUGAAAUAUCACUAAUGAGGCAAAAUCUUUUUUGAUCUCAAAUACACUUCUCCCUUUGUUCCUUUACUUUCCUACCACCUCUUUAGUUACUUGAUACUUGAAAAUAAUUUGAUCUUCAGGAAAAUUAGUAUAUUUUCUAAAUACUGUUUUACAUUGAGUUGAAUAUUCUACUUAUAAACACAAUAAAUGUAAAUAAAUAUGAGGCUGGCUUUUUCAGGCAUUUACCCUGUGAUCAAAGAUAGACAUCUCAUUCCUUAGGAAAUCUCAAGAAAAUUUACAACAAUGAAAAAAGGUAUGUUUUCUUCAUUCAUUUCCUCUUUCUUGCUUUUGUUCAGAUUUGAAUAGACAAGUAGUUAUUGAGGAAAAUACAAUUUAAAAAGCUGUUUUACAAUAUCUGCUUUUAGACAAAUGAUUUACGAAGUGCUAUGUUAAAAAAUAAAGCAGUUGUAAAAAUGCCUUUUAGUAGCUGUGGAUCUGAGAAACUGUGUUCUUGCUGUUUGAUAUUGGAUCUUUGAAACAAGAAGCUAAAUUACAACAUUUUGAACUGUGUUAGCGUGGUGGUUUUCUAUAAAUAAUUACUGAUGGAGAAAGCGUAUUGGUAUAAUAGUAAUUUUAUAAAUAUUUCAGAUAGAAUUACUGAUUCAAUUGGAUUAAGCAAAAUAAAGACAUGAAAUAAAUAAGGUGAUUUAAGAUUGUAUUGGUAUUUAAAGGCUUCUAGGUAAUGGUCCUCUAUCGUGUGGUACCUGUUAAAUGAAACCUGAAAUACUCCCCAGACAGCAGGGGAAGAAAUGCCAUACAAAUAAGUGAUCCAAAGGACAUAAACCUAAAUGAUUGAAAAUGAGUUUAAAACCUUGUAUCACUUGGGAGUUUUAUUUAUUUAUUUUUUUUAAUUUUUAAAAGUUUAUUUACACUGGAGAGAGAGAGAAUGCAAGUGAGGAGGGUAGAGAGAGAAGAGAGAGAAUCCCAAGCAGGUUCUGUGCUGCCAGAGCAGAGCCUUGAUAAAGGACUCGAACUCACAAACUGCGAGAUCAUGACCUGAGCUGAAAUCAAGAGUUGGAUGCUUAGCCAACUGAGCCACCCAGGUGCCCCUGACUUUAGAGUUUUGGAUUGAGUCUGACUUUUCAUAGAAACAUACAUAUAUGUUCUCUUUUUUUUCUGAUAACAGUCCACUGUUUUCAGAGCCCCCUUCCCCAUUUUAAAUAACUUUGUCUUUUUUUAAGUCCAACAUGGUCUGAGUAUGGGAGAUUACUCUUCAGCCCACAGACCGUGCAUGGUGUGCAUAUGGCUUCACAGACGACUUUCAGAACAGCCCCCGGGUUUAGGAACCAUGUAGGUCCCUUAAUUUACAUAUGGGAAAGUAAAGUGGCUUAAGUCAGCAGUCACAAAUUAUGACAUGCAGAUGGAAUUUAGACCUACAGGCAUGUUUUGUUUGGCCUCUUAGGAUGCUUUAAAAUUUUUGAGCAAACGGUUAAAAAUCAGGAAAUUUUUAGCUUCUCAUGAAAAUUUAGAGUAUCUGGCACUGUUAGACUGAUAUUCCUGCAUGAUAUCAAUUGACGAAAGUUAUGUCUCAGCUUCGUCUUUUACAUUAUUUAUGUAUCCUCAAGGUUUACCAUAUUCACAAUUCUCUUUUGUCUUAUCCCUGACUGUGUUUUACUUAGUCAUGUCACCUGCCUUGCCCUUUUGAAAAUUUUUGUUAUAUCAGUAAGUCAGAGGCAGAGUAGAAAAUAGAAACUUUUUCCUUGACCCCCUAAGCAGUUGUAGGUUCCCGCUUUCAUCACUGAGGCGUUGAUUUAUAAGCCUUGGGUUCUAGCCCUUCCAUUGCCAUUGGCUUGCUGUGUGGCAUUGAACAAGUUUCUUAACCCCUCUGAAAUUUAGUUUUGAUAUCUGUCAAAUGGUCAGAGUAAUAAGCAUUUAAAUAGUUUACCUAGUUUUAAAAAAUCUAAAGGUUUAUAUAAAAAACAGCCUUAUAAUUAAUAUUUUGGUUUAAUAUUUUGUUCUAUAUUAGAUUGCUUAAAAAUGCUGCUUUACCCAAAAAAUAGAAAAGCACUAAUUCAAAGGGAUACAUGCACCCCUGUGUUGACAGCAGCAUUAUGUGCAAUCGCCAAAUUAUGGAAGCAAAGUGUCCAUGGAUAGAUGAAUGGAUAAAGGAGAUGUGGUAUACAUACCAUAAUGGAAUAUUAUUCAGUCAUAAAAAGAAUGAAAUCUUGCCAUUUGCAAUGAUGUGGAUGGAGCUAGAGUAUAAUGCUAACCAAAAUGAGUUAGUCAGAGAAAGACAAAUGCAAUAUGAUUUCACUCAUCUGUGGAAUUUAAGAAACAAAACAAACGAACAAAGGGGAAAUAAAAAGAGACUUAAUUGUAGAGAACAAACUGAUGGUUACCAGAGGGGAGGUGGGGAAAAUGGUUACCAGAGGGGAGGCGGAUGGGGGAAAAUAGGUGAUGGUUAGGGAGUGCCCUUGUUGUGAUGAGCACUGGGUGAUGUAUGGAAGUGUUGAAUCACUGUAUUGUAUGCCUGAAGCUAAUGGGACACUGUGUGCUAACUAUACUGGAAUUAAAAAAAGUAGAACUAGGUGACUGGGAAAUUAAUAGUAAUGUCCUGUAGACAAUUUAAAUAUAUGUACUAAAAAUGUAAAAAUAAAAGAAUGCUGCUUCAAUUAAUGCCCUUUUCCUACUGUGAACACCUUCAGUGCAUUCUAUAGGAUAAAGUCCAAAUUUCUCUGCCUUACAACAUCCCCUACCAUUUGGUUGCAGAAUACCUUACCAAAGUACCUUUUACUUUGUAUAGAACGGAACUGACUUUCACUCAUUCACCCUUUAACACCUACCCCCACACCCACCUGUCCCCAUUCAUUCUUUUUUCCAUUAAAUAUUGAGCACUUCUGCUGUGCCAGAUACAACUUGGGGCACAGAAGACUACAAAAACUGAACAAGACAAAGACUCUGCUUCUAACGUUCUCAUACUUAAGCCUUAUAUUUUAGGCAGGUCAGUAUUGUGUAUCUUGAAUACAUCUUAUAUAUGCUUGUCUCUUUUGUUCAUACUCUUCUCCUUUUCUCUUUCUUUCAUUCAACAAACAUUUAAUGAUCGCUUAUUGUGUCAGGUAUUUUUCACUGGGUGUUGGUAUUAUAGCAGAGCAUAGUCCCUGCUCCCUUGGAAUUUAUGUUCUUGUGAGAUGAAUAAGACAUUAAGCAAACAAAUAAAAUAUAUGUCAUAAGGGCUAUGAAGUAAAUUGUAGCAGAAUAAGGAAGAUAGAACGUAGUGGUGUGUGGGCCAUGGUGCUAUUAUUUUAGAAGGAAUGGUGAGAGACAGCCUUUCUAAUAUGGUAAUUUGAACAAAGUCCUGAAGGAACCAAGGGAGAGAAACAAGAGGCUAUCUGAAGGAAGAGUGAUUCAGACAGAGGGUGCAACAAGUAUAUGUCCUAAGGGUGCGCCCUUGGGACAGUGAGGUGGUCAAUAGAGCAGGAGCGGAGAAAGCGAGCAGGAGAGGGGUAAGAGAUGAGUUCUGAAAGGUAGAAGGGUCCAGAUCCUGAAGAUCAAUUACUGACCAUGGUAAGCACCUUGGCUUUUGGCUCUAGAAUGAGUUGUAUCUCCUCUGAAUGUUUACUUCACAUUCCUUUGUGAAACCUUCCUUGACCAUCCCUGUUGACAAUGAUUUCUGCCUCUAACUCCUGGCACAACUGCUGGCCACGUCCUUUGUUGUUUAACUGACUAAGGCAAUGCCUGGUUGUCUUCUUAUGUGUCCUCUGUUUUGUCCUAACUUCUUUGUAACUUCCUCUAGCAUAGGGACUUGUCAUUACACCUUUCUGUCCUAAAUUUUGCUUUGUAUCUAGUAUAUGUUUGUACCUAGUGUAUGUUUGUUUGGUGAGGCUCUUGCUUCAGAGAUCAGCAAUAGGAGUUUGAAAGUGAUGUCUAAGAAAGAAGGGAAAGGACUUGGUGGUUAAAUAUAAGGAAUGAUGUCAAGGUUUUAUUAUCCUGGGAUGAUAACAGUGCUAUGGACAGAUGAAGGAAAGCUAGGAAGAGAAACUGAUUUUGGGGUAGAUAGAUGAAUUUGGUUUGCAAUUUACUGACCUUUGCAUGCUAGCAGGAUAACCACAUUAAGCUGUGUAGAAUGAUUUGGGUAUGUCAGAACAUAUACAGAGUAUUGGUGUUAUUUGCUGGUAUUAUUUGACUGCUGACUACUGUAUGUAGUUUCAAGAGCAGGGACAGCCUCCUACUCAUAUUUCUAGUGCCUGGAACAAGGGCUGGCAAAUAAUAGGUGCUUAGGUCAUAGGCACUUAAUAUAGUUCUACUGAGAUGAGAGGUAGCUAUGAUGCACAUUGUCAAUAGCUCAUGGGCCCUGGAAUCACAUUAUUGUGGGUCUGAAUACCAGCCCCAGCACAUUCCGUGCGUUGUGGUCUUGGUUGAGCACGUGACCCCUCUGAAUCUCAGUGUCCUCAUUUGGAAAAUGGAACGAUAAGACCUUCCCUGCAGGGCUUCAGAUAAUGAAUGUAGGGAUAGAUCCUGGCAUGGAGUAGUGGUUUAAGAUACAAUACCUAUUCAUUCAGCUGUAAUUGUUAAUAUCAUUAUUAUAAAAAAGGUAAUGCUUUCACUAUUGAAUUUCAGACUCUUAGGCUUAGAAAAGAUCUCAAAAGUAACCUGUUUCUGAUAACUGUUCUGUGUAUUUUAGUAACAUUUAUAAUCAGAUACGGUUAGUGUCCAAUCUGCAUAGAAUCACCUACAUUAGCCAAUCCUGCCAAUGCAUAUAGAACUCGGAGACUAAUAAGUUAAACGUUGCUGGAACUUGGACUCAUAGUACAUCAGUUACUGUUAUUAUGUACAUUAGUAUUCUAGAAGCUUACACCAGCCAUUAUAUUCCCAUCUAUCAAAAUAGCCUCAUGGUGGGAUAGGACUUGAUAGACAUGUUGGAUGACAAAUAAUAGUGGAAUUACAUAGUAUCUUGCGUUUGGAGAUGUAUCUCCUUAAAUAGGAUGGAAUCAUUUUACAGAAGAUGAAUGAAAUUAGUGCUAGAUUUAGAGAAGCAGAGUUUUUUCUUGAUUAAAUUUUUUUAUUUUUUAACAUACCUGAAAUCUUUUUUCUUCAGAUCACACAUUGAGAUUUUGUAGCUUUUUGGACUAGAGUCCUUUUCUAUUCCUUUUUUGUUUUCUCUUGAUGUAACUCACAAAUUGAAAUACAUCUUUUGAAAUGGUUUCCUGAUUUUGUAGGUCUCUUCUGGCUCUGAUUCCUUGGGAGCUGCUGGGUGCCUCUCAAACUGUAUGCUUACUUUUUGCUUUGGAGCAGAUGUCGUGGCACUAAGACCCAGAAACCGUUUGCUCUGUGUGGCUGGAGCUGGGCAGGCUGUGCUCACACUGAAGGGAAGGAAGUCAUUAGUGCAGACUGAGCUGUGGAGUUGGGUUCUUGCAGGAUUUCCUUCCAGCCUUUCCCCACUAAGGUUCUUGGGAAUUAAAAAAAAAAAAUCUAAACACACAAACCAAGUUUUCCUAUUUACAGUGUUCAGGGAAGGUAGGCAUUUCGGGAAAGGCAGAUCCUUUCCCCAAGUUAGCCAAGAAGGAAGAAAAAGCAGCGUAAAGAAGCUCUGAUUACAGAUCUUUGGAAUUUUCUUUGCUAAAUUUUACAAACGAGAAAUACACCCAGAAUUUUGGGAGUUGCUCCAGGCUGCGCGUGAGGGUUUGAUUGCUUGUCUAAUCUUUUUUUUUUGAGAAGAGGAGAAUUCGCCAAAAGGGGUUUGGAUGGCAGGAGCCCGGCUCCGUUUCUGCCGCAGCUCUCGUCCUGAGUCUGUUCUCUGAGGGAGGGUCUCUGCAGCCGGUGUGGAGACCCCCUGCCGCAGGCUCCUUUUGCAGGCGCUUGGCUGGGGUGGGGGAAAAUGCCCCGCUCUGGCAGGAGUACGCUGGUUGCUGCUGGGACUUCCUAGCCCGGUGGGAAGUGUGUUCGUGGUGUGGGGAUACUUUUCAUUGAACUGAAGGCGAAAAGACUGGACUCUCCUGGGCUUUUUCCCUUCGCAGUGAAUAUGGGGAAGAAUUAGGGGGUGGGAGGGAGGCAGCAUGACUUGCAGUCGCGGCUGCCCUGCAUCUGCCCCCAGCCCCCAGCCAGCAUCUUGAUGUUCCACGUAUCGGCUGUACAAAUAUGAUGAAAUGGCAGCCCCGGAAGAAGGCAUACUUCCGACAGGGUGUUGCCCUCCAGUACCUCGGACGUCAUGCCGAUGCCCUGGCAGCCUUUGCAUCUGGACUGGCUCAGGACCCCAAGAGUCUCCAGCUUCUGGUGGGGAUGGUAGAAGCGGCCAUGAAAUCUCCCAUGAGAGACUCCCUCGAGCCCACUUAUCAGCAGCUUCAGAAAAUGAAACUGGACAAGAGCCCCUUUGUGGUCGUAUCUGUGGUUGGGCAGGAACUCCUGACAGCUGGCCAUCAUGGCGCCUCUGUGGUUGUCUUAGAAGCUGCUCUCAAGAUUGGCACCUGCAGCCUCAAACUGAGAGGUUCGGUUUUCUCCGCCCUGAGCAGUGCUUACUGGUCUCUUGGAAACACAGAGAAGAGUACUGGAUACAUGCAGCAGGACUUGGAUGUAGCCAAGACCUUAGGUGACCAGACAGGAGAAUGCCGAGCUCAUGGGAAUCUGGGCUCUGCAUUCUUCUCCAAAGGAAAUUAUCGGGAGGCUCUCACUAACCACAGGCACCAGUUGGUGCUCGCCAUGAAACUCAAGGAUCGAGAGGCAGCUUCAUCAGCCCUGAGCAGUCUGGGCCACGUGUACACAGCCAUUGGUGACUACCCCAAUGCACUGGCCAGUCACAAACAGUGUGUUCUUCUUGCCAAGCAAUCCAAAGAUGAGCUUUCGGAGGCCCGAGAACUUGGCAACAUGGGAGCUGUGUAUAUUGCCAUGGGUGACUUUGAGAACGCUGUGCAGUGCCAUGAGCAGCAUCUGAAGAUAGCCAAGGACCUGGGGAACAAGCGAGAAGAGGCCCGGGCCUACAGUAACCUGGGCAGUGCCUAUCACUACAGGAGAAACUUUGACAAGGCCAUGUCUUAUCACAACUACGUGCUGGAGCUGGCACAGGAGUUGAUGGAGAAGGCCAUUGAGAUGCGGGCCUAUGCUGGCCUGGGCCAUGCUGCCAGGUGCAUGCAGGAUUUGGAGAGAGCUAAACAGUACCAUGAGCAGCAGCUGGGCAUUGCUGAAGAUCUCAAGGACCGGGCUGCAGAGGGGCGAGCAUCCUCCAAUCUGGGAAUCAUACACCAGAUGAAAGGCGAUUAUGAUACUGCACUGAAACUCCACAAGACCCACCUGUGCAUCGCCCAGGAGCUGAGUGACUACGCUGCCCAGGGCCGUGCCUAUGGGAACAUGGGUAAUGCCUACAGUGCUCUGGGCAUGUACGACCAGGCUGUCAAGUACCACCGGCAGGAGCUGCAGAUCUCCAUGGAAGUGAAUGACCGUGCCUCCCAGGCAUCCACACACGGGAACCUGGCUGUGGCUUACCAGGCCCUGGGUGCCCACGACCGGGCCCUGCAACAUUAUCAGAACCACCUGAACAUUGCUCGGGAGCUUCGUGACAUCCAGAGCGAGGCCCGGGCCCUCAGCAACCUGGGCAACUUCCACUGCUCUCGGGGGGAGUAUGUCCAGGCCGCCCCCUAUUAUGAACAGUACCUGCGUCUCACUCCUGACCUUCAAGACAUGGAAGGAGAAGGGAAGGUCUGCCACAAUCUCGGCUAUGCCCAUUACUGCCUUGGAAAUUACCAGGAGGCGGUAAAGUACUAUGAGCAGGAUCUGGCGCUGGCCAAAGACCUUCACGACAAAUUGAGCCAGGCGAAAGCUUACUGCAACUUGGGCCUAGCCUUCAAGGCUCUGCUGAACUUCAGCAAAGCUGAAGAGUGUCAAAAGUACCUACUGUCCCUCGCCCAGUCCCUGAAUAAUUCCCAGGCUAAAUUUCGAGCCCUAGGGAACCUGGGUGAUAUAUUCAUCUGUAAGAAAGAUAUAAACGGUGCAAUAAAAUUCUAUGAGCAGCAGCUGGGCUUAGCUCACCAUGUAAAGGACAGAAGACUGGAAGCCAGUGCGUAUGCAGCACUGGGCACGGCGUACCGCAUGAUCCAGAAAUACGACAAGGCCUUGGGUUAUCACACGCAGGAACUAGAGGUCUAUCAGGAGCUGAGCGAUUUGCCGGGGGAGUGCAGAGCUCAUGGGCACCUGGCUGCUGUCUACAUGGCCCUGGGGAAAUACACAAUGGCGUUCAAGUGUUACGAAGAGCAGCUGGAUCUAGGGCAGAAGCUGAAGGACCCCAGUCUGGAAGCCCAGGUCUAUGGCAACAUGGGCAUCACAAAGAUGAACAUGAAUGUGAUGGAAGAAGCCAUUGGCUACUUCGAGCAGCAGCUGGCCAUGCUGCAGCAGCUAAGUGGAAAUGAGUCUGUGCUCGACAGGGGCCGGGCCUACGGCAACCUGGGAGAUUGCUACGAGGCCCUGGGUGACUAUGAGGAAGCUAUCAAGUACUACGAGCAGUAUCUGUCUGUUGCCCAGAGUCUUAAUCGCAUGCAAGACCAAGCCAAGGCUUACCGGGGGCUAGGAAAUGGACACAGGGCAAUGGGGAGCUUGCAGCAGGCCCUCGUGUGCUUUGAAAAGAGGCUCGUGGUCGCCCAUGAGCUCGGGGAGGCCUUUAAUAAAGCCCAGGCCUAUGGAGAGCUAGGAAGUCUGCACAGCCAAUUAGGGAAUUACGAACAAGCCAUUUCCUGCCUGGAACGCCAACUGAACAUUGCUAGAGAGAUGAAAGAUCGAGCGCUGGAAAGUGACGCGGCCUGUGGCCUCGGUGGCGUUUACCAGCAGAUGGGGGAGUAUGAUACAGCCCUGCAGUACCACCAGCUUGACCUGCAGAUAGCAGAGGAAACCAAUAACCCCACGUGCCAGGGGCGAGCCUACGGGAACCUGGGCCUGACAUACGAAUCCCUGGGCACCUUCGAGAGGGCUGUGGUCUAUCAAGAACAGCACUUGAGCAUCGCGGCACAGAUGAACGACCUGGUGGCCAAGACGGUGUCAUAUAGCAGCCUUGGAAGGACCCAUCAUGCCUUGCAGAACUAUUCCCAGGCAGUAAUGUACUUACAGGAAGGUUUAAGGUUAGCUGAGCAACUGGGCCGAAGAGAAGAUGAAGCCAAAAUUCGCCACGGUCUUGGUCUGUCCCUUUGGGCUAGUGGGAAUCUGGAGGAAGCCCAACACCAGCUCUACAGGGCAUCGGCCUUGUUUGAAACAAUCCGACAUGAGGCGCAGCUGAGCACGGACUACAAACUGUCCCUCUUUGACCUGCAGACUUCCUCCUACCAGGCCUUGCAGCGGGUGCUCGUCAGCCUUGGCCAUCAUGAUGAAGCCCUGGCUGUGGCAGAAAGAGGACGGACGAGGGCAUUUGCCGAUCUUCUGGUAGAACGACAGACAGGACAGCAGGACUCCGACCCGUACUCCCCAGUCACCAUUGAUCAGAUCUUAGAGAUGGUUAAUGGCCAGAGGGCACUAGUGCUUUACUAUUCCCUGGCCGCUGGCUACCUGUAUAGCUGGCUGCUUGCUCCUGGGGCAGGAAUUCUGAAGUUUCACGAACACUACCUGGGUGAUAACACAGCGGAAAACUCCGGCGACUUCCAGACUGCCAGUAGUGCGGCCCUUCCAACAGCCACGAGCUCGGCCCUGGAGCAGCACGUUGCCAGUGUGCGGGAGGCCCUGGGGGUGGAGUCUUACUACUCAAGGCCCUGUGCCAGCAGUGAGACAGAGAGCGAAGCCGGAGACCUCACGGACCAGCAGUUUGAAGAGAUGAACAACAAGCUCAACUCGGUUACUGACCCCACUGGCUUUCUGCGGAUGGUUCGCCGCAAUAACCUCUUUAACAGGAGCUGCCAGAGCAUGACGAGCUUGGUCAGCAACACCAUGUCGCCGAUCAAGGACGGGACCUCCUCUCUCCCCCGGAGGCAGAGCUCGUUCGCCAGGCCCCCGCUCCGUGCUCUGUACGACCUGCUCAUAGCGCCCAUGGAAGGGGGCCUGAUGCACUCCGGCGGCCCCGUGGGCCGGCACCGGCAGCUGGUCCUGGUCCUGGAGGGGGAGCUCUACCUCAUCCCCUUCGCCCUCCUGAAGGGAAGCUCCUCCAACGAGUACCUGUACGAGCGCUUCGCCCUCAUCGCCGUGCCGUCCAUCCGCUCCCUCAGCCCACAGGCCAAGUCUCACCUGAGGAAGAACCCGCCCACGUCCUCCAGCUCCACGUCCAUGGCGGCCGUGGUCGGUAACCCGAAGCUCCCGCCGGCGGUGAUGGACAGGUGGCUGUGGGGGCCAAUGCCGUCGGCUGAGGAGGAAGCCUACAUGGUGUCAGAGCUGCUGGGCUGCCAGCCCCUGGUGGGCAGCGUGGCCACCAAGGAGAGGGUCAUGAGCGCCCUGACCCAGGCCGAGUGUGUCCACUUCGCCACGCACAUCUCUUGGAAACUGUCGGCCUUGGUCCUCACCCCCGGCGCUGACGGCAACCCGGCCGGCGGCAAGAGCUCCUUCGGCCACCCCUACACGAUCCCCGAGUCCCUGCGGGUGCAGGACGACGCCAGCGACGGGGACAGCAUCUCGGACUGUCCGCCCCUGCAGGAGCUGCUGCUCACGGCCGCCGACGUCCUGGACCUGCGGCUUCCCGUGAAGCUGGUGGUCCUCGGCUCCUCUCAGGAGUCCCACAGCAAGGUCACGGCGGACGGGGUCGUCGCGCUGACGCGGGCCUUCCUGGCUGCCGGCGCGCAGUGUGUCCUCGUGUCCCUGUGGCCCGUGCCUGUGGCCGCUUCCAAGAUGUUUCUCCACGCCCUCUACUCAUCCCUGCUGAACGGCCUGAAAGCCAGCGCUGCCCUGGGGGAGGCCAUGAAGGCGGUGCAGAGCAGCAAGGCCUUCUCGCACCCAUCCAACUGGGCAGGGUUCCUGCUCAUCGGGAGCGACGUUAAGCUCAACAGCCCCUCGUCGCUCAUCGGCCAGGCCCUCACGGAGAUCCUCCAGCACCCGGAGCGCGCACGGGACGCCCUGCGAGUGCUGCUGCACCUGGUGGAGAAGUCCCUGCAGCGCAUCCAGAACGGGCAGCGCAACGCCAUGUACACGUCCCAGCAGAGCGUGGAGAACAAAGUGGGCGGCAUCCCCGGCUGGCAGGCCCUCCUCACCGCCGUGGGCUUCCGGCUGGACCCCCCUGCCAGCGGCCUGCCCGCAGCGGUCUUCUUCCCGACCUCCGACCCGGGCGACCGGCUCCAGCAUUGCAGCAGCACGAUCCAGUCCCUGCUGGGUCUGCCCAACCCUGCCCUCCAAGCCCUCUGCAAGCUCAUCACUGCCUCGGAGACUGGCGAGCAGCUCAUCAGCCGGGCUGUUAAAAAUAUGGUUGGAAUGCUCCACCAGGUGCUGGUUCAGCUGCAGGCGGGCGAGAAGGAGCAGGACUUCGCCUCGGCCCCCAUCCAGGUGUCCAUCAGCGUCCAGCUGUGGCGGCUCCCGGGCUGUCAUGAGUUCCUGGCGGCUCUAGGGUUCGAUCUCUGUGAAGUGGGUCAGGAGGAAGUAAUCCUGAAAACCGGGAAACAAGCCAACCGGCGGACCGUGCACUUUGCCCUGCAGUCUCUGCUCGCGCUCUUCGAUUCUACCGAGCUGCCCAAGCGCCUCAGCCUCGACAGCUCGUCCUCCCUGGAGUCUCUGGCCUCGGCCCAGUCCGUCUCCAAUGCCCUGCCCCUGAGCUACCAGCACCCGCCCUUCUCCCCCACCGGUGCGGACAGCAUCGCCUCGGACGCCAUCUCCGUGUACAGCCUGAGCUCCAUCGCCUCCUCCAUGAGCUUCGUCUCCAAGCCCGAGGCGGGGUCGGAAGGCGGGGGCCCCCGCGGCCGGCAGGACUACGACCGGUCCAAGAACGCCUACCCGCAGCGGUCCACCCUGCCUCGGGGCCAGCUGUCCCCCCAGACCCGCCCUGCGGGCGGCAAAGAUGAAGAAGAAUACGAGGGCUUCUCCAUCAUCAGCACCGAGCCGUUGGCGGCCUACCCGGAAAACCGGAAGCUGCGCUUCUCGCCGGAUCACAAGCAGUCGCGAGUGGGGACGGCCGGGGGCGUGAAGGUUUCGGUAAGCUCCAAGGGCAGCGUGAGCACACCCAACUCUCCGGUUAAAAUGACUCUGAUUCCCAGCCCCAACUCUCCCUUCCAAAAGGUUGGCAAACUAGCAAGUUCAGACACGGGAGAAUCGGACCAGUCGAGCACAGAAACCGACAGCACCGUGAAAUCCCAAGAAGAGAGCAACCCAAAGCUCGAUCCACAAGAGUUGGCCCAGAAAAUUCUAGAGGAGACGCAAAGUCAUCUCAUCGCGGUGGAGCGGCUGCAGAGGGGCGGCGGCCAGGGCAGCAAGAACAGUCACCCGGAGGACGGCGGCGGCCCCGGGCCCAACGGCGGGGCCGUCUUCAGGGCGUCAGAGACCAGCGCGUUCAGCAGGCCUCCCCUCUCGCACCCCAAGGGCCAGCCGUCACCGGUCGCUGCUAAACCAAAGCCCCCAGCCAGAAGCUCGUCCCUCCCCAAGGUGAGCUCAGGGUACAGCAGCCCCACCAGCUCGGAGGCGUCCGUCAAAGACAGCCCAAGCCAGCACGGGGGUCGGCCGUCACCCGGCGCGGACUCCCACACCUCCCUCCCCGACCAGCCUCUCUUUAAACUCAAGUACCCCAGCUCUCCUUACAGUGCUCACAUUUCCAAGUCGCCGAGGAACGUGUCCCCCAGCUCCGGCCAUCAGUCUCCUGCCGGGAGCGCGCCGUCCCCGGCCCUCUCCUACUCGUCGGCCGGUUCUGCCCGCUCCAGUCCCGCCGACGCCCCCGACAUAGACAAACUGAAGAUGGCAGCCAUCGACGAGAAGGUGCAGGCCGUGCACAACCUGAAGAUGUUCUGGCAGAGCGCACCCCAGCAUUCCGCGGGACCAGUGAAAAUAUUCCGGGGCCCCCCUGGGACGAUGACUUCCAAAAGAGACGUCCUCAGUCUCCUAAAUUUGUCUCCUCGGCACAACAAGAAGGAGGAGGGAGUGGACAAGCUGGAGCUUAAGGAACUGUCCAUGCAGCAGCCUGGAGAAACGCCACAAAAAGCGCCUCCCAACGGCCACUGGCGCACGGAGACCACGGCACUGGGCACGCUGCCCCUGCCCGCCGGCCCGCCCGCACCGGCUCCCGCCCGCCCUUUCAGACUUCCCUCUGGCAACGGCUACAAGUUUCUGUCCCCGGGGAGAUUCUUCCCCUCCUCCAAAUGCUAGAGCGCGUCUCACAGCCGCAGGCUCGGGCUGCAGCAGCCACGGAGACAGGCGCACGCUCACGGGCCCACGCCCGCACUCUGAGCGCGGUGGCCCCACCAGCCACGUCUCGUUGGGUGCUCCCUCGGGGCGUGGGCCGCCGCCACACCCCCCGCGCCCCCAUCCACGCGGCCGGCAGCCACCCUGGGCCAGAGCCACCCCAAGCCAGAACUUCCCGUGGUGUCGGUACCGGAGGCUCGUGGAAUCUUCUACAUGCUUCACCCAAUGUUUACCUUGAACUCCCUGCUUCUCAUCUCUGAUGUGACUCUUCAACAGGAUUUUUUUUUUUUACAAAACGGUCAUGGUUCUGGGUGGGGAGAGGAAAGGGAGCACAUAUUUUGCUAAGAGGCAUAUAUGCAGUACCUUUUAUACACAAAUACAAAUAGAGCUUUUUUUAAAGGCUUUCAGGUGCUGGUUGGGGGAGGGAUAUAUAAAAUCUAAGUUGAAUUCUACAUGAAAGUGUGAUAUUAGCCAAAAACAGAAUGGUUUUUAAAAUGCCAAUGAUUUGUAAUUAAACUGUAGCAAUUCUGGUCGGAUGAUCGCAUAACAUCACAGUAGCAAUGCAAUAAACUCACUGUCCAACAGCACUUCCGUCCUGAACUCCACAAACGUCCUUGGGGCCCCACUGUCAACCAAACUUGAAUUUUCUAAAAAAAUUUUAUGUAACUCUCUUCUCCAGGCAUUUUAGAACUAUGCAAUUGUGAUUUAAAAUGCAACUUUGUGCUUUGAAAACAUUAUUGACCUUUUUUGUACAUGGAUAAACAACUUGGUUUUAUUAUCGAUAGUACUUUGCAUUUAUAGCUAUUAUUUUUAAAAAGCUCAAAUUUUUUAAAAUGUCAAAUUUUGAAUAGUCAUCAGUAAGUAAUUAUCAAGUUUGCGGGGGAGGGGGGAGGUUGAAAUUAUUCAGUUUCCUUGUAAGCAAAAAAAAAAAAAAAAAAAAAAAAAAAAAAAAAAAUACACAGCUAACCAGAUUUAACCAGAAUGGAACUUCCAGCUCCUAUUCCCUUCGGCAGCUGCUUUAAUUUUAUUCUCUUUUCCCAACUCCAGGCCUCUGCCACCUCUCCCAUCUAGAGCUGUUCCCGGGCUCUGCAGCCCCAGCUCCCCAUGUCUGUGAGUGGCACCCUCGGCGUAGCGGGAACCGGCCCCUCCCCCCCCCCCCCCCCACAUUACACUUUAAUGUCCACGGCCUAAGAAGCAGGGGUGGGGGGGGGGUGGCUUUUGCUGGGAUUUACAUCCAAACGGUUGCUGAGCAGGGAAAUAGCUAUUCCUGAAAGUGUUGUCCUGAACAAACAGGGUAGGCAUCUCCUACAGCCGUGACCUUACGCCCAGGUUCUCGUCAGCAAGGCUGUGACAAAAGACAGUCUAGGUGGGGGUAAGCAUUGACUUCUAAAGAAAGAGAUGAAAUGCUAAAAAUCACACUAGGACCAACUUUAGUUGGAGAAUUUGAAUACACCUCUUUUACAGAAUUCUAAAAUUAAAAUCCUCCCGCCCUCCCUGUGGGGAGUGUCACACUGAGGUGGGCGGCCGCUGGGCCCGCGACACCUGGAGUGGACGUGAGAGGCAUGGCGGGAGGGGCGCCAACAUUAAGACCCCCAAGUAGAGUCUUUAGCCUCAGGUAGGAUCUCACUUUCUCAGCACACACUGACCGCUUGCCCUGUCACUCGGUGAACCCUGAAGAGAGGGAAGGAGACUAUUUCCUCGGCGCGUUACUCCCCCCUGAGCCCCAUCAUAGGGCCUUUUUCGCCUUCACCCCGACAGACAGCAAGGGUGUCCCGUUCGCGCCCUGACCCCGACACUGGAAGACAGACACUUCACGAAGAAGCAAUCACGAGGUUCUUGGUGUCAGGAGGGAAAAACCAAACGGUAAUAGAAGUCCCAGAGUAGCCAAUGAAAGCAAGUUCAUAGCACUGUGCAUUUAGAUAGUGAAAUCAGGUCCCCACAACAAACACAACACCUCAGAGUAAAUUUCUGAAUCCCGAUGUAGAUAGUCAGGCGGUUCCUUUCUUAGCCAUCUCCGCCCUUUCCCAAGUGCCGAGCGGCCCCGGAGGACCGGCCUGGGGUGUGAGCUCCCUGUGUGAGCACACGCACCCCCGUCCACCUCCAGUGCACGCCCCCUACCACCCAGACCACUUCCCGUGGUGAUCGAGCCGGCUAGGAGGUCUCGUGGACCCUGACCUGGCGUUAGUCGUAACCACACUAUUGUUUUAGGUUUCGUGUCGAAAAACCAAAUGGUGUACGUGACCUUCUUUUUUUUUUUUUUUUCCUGUCCUAGAGAUAAGCUUCAAUGAAGGAAAGCUUAACACGAUGAAAUAAUAAGGACCAAUCUAAAAAUCACUGUAGAAUCGCCACCUGCUUAUGUUUACCGUCUUGGUGUUUUCUUUAUGAGUGAAAUGGAUGUCAAGUCACAGGAGAUUUUUCAGGCUCCUCCACGGAAAAAAAAAAAAAAAGUAUGCACUUAAAAGUUAUGUGAGACUGUAUAAUUCACAGAUUUCUUUGUACAGAUCAGGGGUUCGCAGACCGUGACCCACAGGCUGAAUCUGGUCGGAGGCCUCGUUGUUUAUAGCCACGAGAUAGCAAUGGAUUUCACAUGUUUAAAUAGUCAUAGAAGUACCUCCAUAAUAUUCUCGAUUUUGCCUCUUGGCCCACAAAGCCUACCAUACCGGAUGCCUGACCUUUUAAGAAAAAGUUUGCCGACUCCUGGUGCAGGAGACAGAAAACACAAUUAGAAUGUUUUGUUUCUACAGUGUAGGGAACGUGAGUGUCGAGUUGUGGAUAAAGUUGGCAUGCAUGGGAACCCUGAGCCAUGGGGUAGAAGCAAAGGACUCCCGCACAGUCCGUGGCUCUUUGCCCCGCUUGGAAUGCUUCAACGGCUGUGGGUAAAAUGAACAAAACCAUCUUUUCCUUACCGUGUGCAGAAAGCAUUGGAUACGUUUCGUUUUCAGCUCAGGAAACUGGAAUGUCCUGCCCCCGUCCUCCUCCAUCAGAUGCAGAUACACUGAGCACAAGCAAUAAAAUCUCCCUCCUUGGCAUGACCACAAAGCAAGGGGUAGAUCCCAUCUGAAUUCUCACCGGUUGGCGAACUUAUUAAUAACCAAGUCGAAACACCAGGACAAAAUGAGCUACUGAAACUUAACGUUUUGAUCCGCCUUAGCGCGUAGUGAAACGAAAAUGUUGUCACUUCAUCCUGUUUGAAAAACAUCGUGGUCCACUCUGAUCCUCGCUGGGUCUCAGCAGGACACACUGUCCUUGUCCCGCUCUGGCGUCCCAGUCAAUCUCGGUAAGUGGUCAUUGCAGCAAGUCCCCAGCACACGCCCGACCCUCCCCCCCCCCCCCCACCCCCGACCCCCCUGCCACCUCCCACCGCCACUUGGUUAGUUACUGCUCAGUGUGGAAGAAAUAGGGCGCGGUACUCUGGUUGCUUUCAGUAAGGAGGCAGAGGGUGAAAACUGUGUCAUUUUCAUCACACAUUUUGUUGUUUCACCUGAAAGGAUUGUUCACGUGGUUUGUGAGCUGGGCCCUUGCUUGUCACGGUUCUUUCAAAGAUGUGAGGACACAUGCGGUCACCUCUCCCCGCCUCGGACGCCUUCCCCGCUUGGCACUCGCCCCCCACCCCCUUGUAUGCCGUGUUAGCCAUCCUUGGCCUAGAUGGACUUUUUUUUUGUAAAUUACAGUUUCCAGAUGGCAUUAAACUUUUUAUAUUACGAAAUUUACCAUGUAAAAAGAACUUCAUAUUUUUAUUGAGAUUGUUAAGGCACUUGGCCUUCCUUUGUGAUUUCAGUGUCUAUUAAAGCAUGAGUUCCCACGGUUUUAA